UGCUUGUUUCCAUUUCUCAUGAUGUACCUUAUUUCACAUUGCUGAAUGUUUUGAUGGAUUGGAUCUCAACGAUGAAUUGAUCUUGAACCGUUCAAAAAUACCUCAGUGAUCUUGAACGCACCCCUUGUCAGACAAAAAUAUUUCUGAUCGGCAAUGAGCGCAAAUCUUUUCCGCAGCGAUACACGGCCACUAACACACACCAACGUUAUUUUUUUUUCUGGAUGAUAAAGGUCGAUUUGUCAGAUAAUAGGUUGAUAACGCUAAUCGAGAUAUGGCAGCAGUCAGCUUCUCCGAGGCACUCUGUCAGCCGUGCGUUUAUCACGAGAAAUUCAAAGUUGAGCUGAAUGUAAAGAGACCCCUGAUGCCUGUCCACCUGAGUCCAGAGCAGGUGGGGCUGGAGAUGCUGUAUCUCUGUGGACAACUGGACCUUCUCAUCAGGGCACAGGUACACCAGUUCCAGGAGCAGCUGAGACAGGACUGUAGCCCUGAGGAGUCGGCCACUUUCCAGGAGCAAGGAGCAGAGAUUAUUGAUCAGAUGCUCCAAUGCUUAGAACACCUGCCAAAACCUAUGCCGCACCUGGAGGACUAUCUUGACAUGGUGGGUCUGUCGACCAUGUACCCUCGCGUGGAGGUGUUCCUCAUCCAGGGCAGUCCAGUAGACAUGCUGGAGAAACCCCCAAUGGAUGAAUACUUCUCACACAUCGGGAGGCUCAAUCAGCUACUAGUACUUAGUCAGCAGCUAGAGGAGGAUGUAAAACAUCUCGGGAGCCACAAAUACAUCGCCCACCAGCUGUCAGUUAUAUAUCAAGUGCUCAGCUCAUUCCGAGGUAUCCAGCCACUGUCAGUCCUGAAGAAAGAGAUUGAGGCCAACUUCAGACAGAUGAAGACAUCUUUGCUGACGGAGGAGGGCUCCAGGCAGGAGCCUCAGCUCCCAGCACACUACAUCAGCUGGAUAUUGGAGCUGACUCUUAGUAUAACGUCAACAGUCUCCUCGCUACCAGAGGAACUCACUGAAGACCUGAGUCCAGCCAUGACCUUUGUGUCCCAGCUAUGACAUCACACCUGACAUUGAGCCCGUGUUACAUAUUACCAACCCGUGGAGCUGAGGGUCAACAACAUUUAAACAAAUUGUUUUUUAUUAAUGUCCGACAGACCAACCCGGUGAUUCAAGAAUGAUGUUUUGACAUGUCACUGUCAUUUUAUUGAAUAGGGUCCUAAGCUCUCAUUGGUUAAGUGGAUGAAUGUUAAUGAAUGUGUUAUAAAUGUGUUAGGCCAAAUGUCUAAAAAAGAGGUGCUAAAUAAUGUUACUGUAUGAAAUUGCAUUUGAACAAAUUGUUUACAUUGGCCAAUGAAUUAAAUUGAGAGAUAAGCCUAUAGACUGAAAAUCUUCUGAAUUUCAAUAACAGAGAUUGACCACGAGUCAUAGAUUUGAAAGAGUACAGGCUAAUCGGGCAAAAUGGCCACGGAAGUUCAAGGCCGACCGUGGUAGAGCAUACAUUGUUAGCGGAAAACAGGAUAGUGAAUGGAAAAAUGGAAAUCCUCAUGGUCAAUCAUCGUCUGAAUAAAUACACAUUUGAAAGAAAA